AUGGCAUUUACUAGUUUGAAGCGUUCCUCUGUGUCUAGGAAGGAGGCUCUGGUUCGCUAUGCUCGUGAGCAAUUAUUUGGGUACCAGUCUGGUAUGCCCGGGGAGAAGGAAUUUCUUAAGCCAUUAAAGGGCAGAGAUGCUGUCAGCUGGUACUGGCCUAGCAAAUAUAUGCUUGCAGAUUUCAACCUAUCAUCUUAUCUAUACUUCCAGGCUGAUAGGAUGUGCAAAAAACCCUCCGAAAAUCCCUUUAAAAAAGUAGACACCCUUUUUAGCACAGUAAAUAAACAUCGCAAAAUGAUAGAAACAUUUUUAAAAUCAGUUACAGCAGAAGCUAUCGCAGAUUGUCCAACACUAAUUGAUCUACAGAGCGUUUUGGAACUUUCAAAAACCCCCCAAAAAACACUAUACGGAACACACACCAGUGAUAAUAGUACUAAUGUGGAUAACGAAACUAUGAAUUAUUAUGAAUGCUCAAAGAAUCUAGCUGUUAGGAGACGAUAUAUUGAUAACAUGUACUAUAGACGCCGCCUGAGCUACUUGGAGCUUAUAAAGAAGAAGACAUUCAAGCAGCACAAAGUUAAAGAACAUUAUUUGACACAUCCGGAUGACAAAAUUGUGUGGCCAGACAAUAAGGGUGUGGUGCACAGAAAGUGGCCCAGUCCAUAUUGA